AUGCGUCGAGAAGCGCAAAAGACACUACCUGCCGCAUACUACAGGGGCGGCACAUCGCGUGCGGUCAUUUUCAAAACAGAAGAUUUGCCCAAAGAUCGAGGGUCAUGGCCUGAGAUCUUUCGUGGUGUGAUCAACUCGCCUGAUCCGAACGGACGACAGCUCGAUGGCAUGGGUGGCGGAGUCUCCAGCUUAUCAAAGGUUUGCGUUGUUGGCAAGUCUGAAAGAGACGAUGCGGAUGUUGACUACACGUUCGCGGCAAUUGGUGUCACGAAACCCGAAGUGGACUUUUCCAGCAAUUGCGGAAACAUGAUCGCCGCGAUUGGCCCUUACGCAGUCGAUGCCGGGCUAGUCACCACCGAAGGUUCGAGCACGACCGUUCGCAUUUACAACACCAACACUGGCAAGAUCAUCCAUACCCAUUUCCCCGUGGUAGAUGGUGAGGCUCAAGUUACCGGGGACUUCGCCAUUGAUGGAGUUGCUGGGACUGGCGCAAAGAUCGAGCUAUCGUUCCUGAAUCCAGCUGGCUCAAAGACUGGCAAAACACUGCCGACGGGACAGGUUCUCGACGAGUUCGACGGGAUUGCGGCAACUUGUAUUGACGUAGCAAAUCCAUGCGUCUUCGUCAAGGCGUCCGACCUUGGUGUAGAAGGCGGCAUCCUUGCACAUGCAAUUGAUGCGCAUCCUACGUUGUUGAAUCGACUGGACUCAAUACGCCGGCAAGCUGCUGUGGCGAUGGGUAUCACAAAAGAAUUGGCUUCAACACCCGGAUCGAUACCAAAGGUCGCCAUCGUCGCUGCUCCGUAUCCGCACCGGUUGGUCUCUGGCCAAGAAGUGAGCGAGCGCAACUGCGAUGUUCUUGUGCGUGCCAUCUCAGUUGGGCAGCCACACCGCGCAGUUCCAAUCACGGUAGCCAUGGCUCUUGCAGCUGCAUCACGCUUGCAAGGCUCCACUGUGAACCAGUGCACCUCGAACAACCUCGUCGACCCAGACGGAGUGACUAUUGGUCACAACAGCGGCAAACUUCUGGUUGGUGCGAACUUCGAUGCAGACGGUGCCGUCAAGGAUGCAACGGUUUUCCGAACAGCGAGACGAAUCAUGGAUGGGAUAAUUUACUGGUCGUGA